ACGAACAACGACAUCUGCUGCACUAACAACCACAACUGCUGUACCAACAACAGCAACUGUAGCACCAACAACAACAGUUUCACCAACCAUGUCCACUGAAGGACCAACAGAGCGACAUCCAACAGAUGUUGUUGUGGCCUCUUCUAAUAAUGUUGCAACAACCCCAACCACGGCUGGACCCAUUACAGCUACACUAGCUCAUUCAACUACACCUGGACCCACUACAAUUAAAACUACACCUGGACCCAGUACAACUACACUUGGACCCACUACCACCAUCACUACACCUGGAACCACUACCAUUGCAGCUAUACCUGAUCUCACUACCACUUCAACUACACCUGGAACCACUACCACGACAACUCAAUCUGUACCAACUACAACUACACCUGUACCCAUUGCAGCUACUACACCUGACUCUACAGAGUCUCCUGCAGCAGGCGAAGGCACUUUGGAUUUAAAUUUCAGUUUGAGACGCACAUUUCAAAGCUCUUUGUCGGAUUCUACUUCCCCAGCAUAUCGGGUGCUGGCUAAUGAAGUCACAAGAGAGGUCAACAGAGGCUUCAGAUCCGUGUUUCCACGCACGUAUUCCCGAUGUCUAAUACGGUCUUUCAGUAAUGGCUCAAUUCGUGUGAAUAUGACUCUGGUCUACCAUAACCAAUCAGUGGUUCCAAAUGGAAUGACGGCAGAACAGGUAUUCAUAAGUGUCGUAACCAUGGGCAUCACCAACCUCAACGUGAAUGUUUCUACAAUUAACGCAACAACAAUCACCUCAGGAGGACCCACUCUGAAAAUGACCAUCACAACUGCAUUCUGUUUGCCUUUCUUCUUGACGGUCAUCAAAGGAAUGUUGUCCAGUACAUAGAACCCCCAUGUCUUGUAUUAUGUGGAAUGUUGAGUUACUUUUUUAUUAGAAUAUAUUGUUUUUAUUAUUCCAAUAACCAAUGAAAUCAAGAACCAGUACUUCCCCACAUACCAGCUUGAGUUGGAGAGUGAGUUCAAACAACGCUUUAAACUUUAUUUAAGCUUAAUUGUUUUUCUGGAGCAGGGUCUACUGAAAGGGGCUCAGGGGCACAAAUAGCCUAGCACUUCCCAUAAGUCGCCAUAAGAGGUCUUAUAGAGACCUAAUAGAGAACUGAACAUAUUUACUUGGACUAUCAGACCUGUGGGACUGUGUGUACUAGAGUUACUCUUAUAGAACACUGCAUAGAUGCACUUUUGUAUGUGCGAUAUCUCGGCUGCUAUCAAAUGGUUAUAUCUUCAAAUUGAAUAUGUUACAGUUCAAUAUGUAUUGUUUAAAGGUUACUGCAAAUAACUAUAUUUUAUUUAUAUAUUUAGCCUCUUAUAGUUUGUGUUAUGUUUUGGCACUGAUUCUGAUGAUGUUCCUUCAAUAAAAACGU